AUGGUGCUAAGUAGCGAAGGCGGGGAUAAUGAGCGAAACAACUUUGCUUCUUUUCCAUCACUUACAAAGGAAAUUAUCUACACUAAGAAGAAGCGAGUAACCAAAACCCUAACAUCACCGUCACUUCACGCGCUGCCGCUGCCAUUGCCAUUUCUUCCUUUUGAACUCAUUGAGGAAAUCCUAAGUAGGCUACCCGUGAAGCUCCUCCUCCAGCUCCGAUGCGCCUGCAAGUCCUGGAGUUCUCUAAUCUCUAAUCCCAAAUUUGCUAAGAAGCACCUUAGCAUGUCAACCAGGCACGUCCUCCACUGCAUAAGCUCUUCCGGUGGAGACAUCCUCAAGUCUUACCCACUAGACUCCAUCUACACCAAUGCCACCACUACCGCCAUCCCACAACUCGAGUAUUCUGUUCACCGCUGUUCUAAUUACUUUAUUGGCUCAUGCAAUGGCAUCCUUUGUCUUGCAGCAGAAGGUUAUCAUACCAAUUUGGUUACUUUUCGACUGUGGAACCCUUUCAUCAGAAAAUUCAAGGAAUUACCUCCUCUUGGAGACCAACAAACUUCUGCAUACAUUAUCAAGAUGUAUGGCUUCGGAUAUGACCCUGUUAGUGAUAAUUACAAGGUUGUGACUGUUUUACGUGUGUUUGAUUACAGUAGUCAUAUUUUAGUUAAAAGUGAUGAAGUUAAGGUUUAUACUUUGGGUAUCAAUUCAUGGAAAAGCAUUUCAGUGUUCCCUUAUUCUGUUUUCCCCGUUCAGCAGCUAUCUGGGAAAUGUGUGAGUGGCACGAUUAAUUGGCUGGCUUCAAAAGAUUCUAAGCAAAGUAAAUAUUUUAUUCUUUCUCUUGAUUUGAUGAACGAGUCUUACCAAGAGGUUUCGUUGCCCAAUUAUGGUAAGGUAGAUGCAUGUAAUUUUCACUUGAGUGUUCUCAGGGAUUGCUUGAUCAUGUUUUCUGGUGAUGUUGUUUGGGUAAUGAAGGAAUAUGGAAAUAAAGAGUCUUGGACUAAACUAUUCACCAUAUCUUACAAUCGAGAUCCUCAUACAAUACCUUAUUCCUGCAUGAAGGCAAUAUAUGUUUUUGAGGAUGGCCAGGUGCUGCUGAAUAUAGGGGGCUGUAGAGGGAAGUAUAUUUUUUACAAUUGUAGAAACAACACUUCAAAGUAUGCUGAGUUUGAACCCAACCCAGAAGUCUGCGUUGAGAGUUUAAUAUCCCUUUUUUCUUAA